AUGAAGGCAGAGAGUGAGAGUACCGCAGGCGGUGAUGCUGGUGCGGGCGCUGGUGCGGGUGGGAGCGCGUGCUGUGUGAACCGGUUGCUGCGCGCGGUGGAGAGUGAGCUGCGCGCGGGCAGGGAGAAAGGAGACCCGACUGAGAAACAGCUGUGCGUUAAUCUGGAGGAUGCUGAUCUCUGGAGGAAAUUCCGACAAGUUACCAACGAGAUGAUAGUCACUAAAAACGGCAGGCGGAUGUUCCCAGUUCUGAAGGUUAGCGUGUCUGGUCUGGACCCGAAUGCCAUGUACUCCUUUCUCCUGGACUUCAGCCCGGCUGACGGGCACCGUUGGAAGUAUGUGAAUGGCGAGUGGGUGCCUGCAGGCAAACCUGAACCCCACAGUCACAGCUGUGUCUACAUCCAUCCAGACUCCCCCAACUUUGGUGCUCACUGGAUGAAAGCUCCAGUAUCUUUCAGCAAGGUCAAACUGACAAACAAACUCAACGGAGGAGGACAGAUCAUGCUGAACUCUCUCCACAAAUACAAGCCACAGAUCCAUAUUGUACGUGUGGGUGGCAGCCACAGGAUGGUAUCCAACAUCUCCUUCACUGAUACCCAGUUUAUCGCUGUUACAGCCUACCAGAACGAAGAGAUAACUGCUCUGAAGAUAAAAUAUAAUCCCUUUGCAAAGGCCUUCCUGGAUGCUAAAGAAAGGAGCCAUCCCAAAAACUUCCUAGAACCCCCAGCUGAGAAUCAACAUGUUGGCAUACCACACUGUGGUUGGUAUAUUUCCAAUCCAGACACCUUUUGUACCUCUGGAAGUGGAAAUUUUCCAUACCCAGGUGGGUUACCCCUUGCCCCUCACCAUGGGUACAAACAUUAUUCAAGUUUGCACGGACAUCGAGCCACACCGUAUCCACCUCCCUAUCUGCACCACCACCGCAGCCACAAUUCAGUCUCUCUGUCAGAAAGUCUGAGUCCAGGUGCUCUGCAGAUGUUUUCCAGUCACGAGAGCUGGACAGGUGUUUCUCCUCCUGGUCCAGCUGCCAUGCUGUCAGUACCAUCUGGCAGAAACUCACCCGGUGUCAGCAGUCAGUACCCUUGCUUGUGGACAGUGAGCAGUUGUAGUACGUCCUCCACCCCACCUGGGGCCCCUGUAAACUCCAUUCAUUGCCAGGAGGAUCGAGCUGAUGUUGGGUCCACUUCUGCAUCUCCAUGUUCACUGCUGCAAGUACCUGCAAGUGCAGAAGCCAUUUCUGAUCAAAACAGUCAAAACAGGGUGGGUGGGGCUAACUGGCCUGCUGGCUCCACCCAUUCAUUUUAAACUGCAUUUCUGAAAAAAUCCUGCCACAUACGAAAUGUACAAUAUAUUUUAUGUGUGUUAAGUGUUUAUUACCAGAACUGAUCACAGUUUCUCAAA